CGCCCCCACACACAUGUGCGAGCAGAAAACACGUUACGAGGGAAAAAUCGACGGAAAAAUCUGAAAAUAUAAAAUAAAACCUAACUAAAAAGAGUACAAGACUGAGGUAUUAAUAAGUUAAUGCGGUUUAAUACAAUAGUUAAGCACAAGUGGCCGCUAUUAAAUGUGCCAUUACGACGGCGCUUACGUUUUCUCCGUCUGACGUAAGACAAUUCUAUCUCUCUAUCCCGCUCUCUCUCUCUCUCUCUCUCUCCGAUUCUCUUUCUCCGCGUGUGGAUUGCGUUUUGCCGGCGACGGCGACUCCAAAAAAGACACGGCACAACACACUUUGUGGCCCAAGUUCAGUUCGCUUUUCGUCGCCAGUCCGCAAAAAUGUGAAAAUGGAAAACUGAGGGGAAAACCGAAAAGCCGCAAAAGACUGCCACUGCAAGUAAAAGCUCCCAAUCGCUGAGUAGCAAUAGCAAAUGCGCUGAAAAGUCAAGAAUAAAAUACAAGAAAAGUGCGGGCGUGUAACAAUUAUGUGAUAUCUACAACAAAUGCUCGAACUGCUGACGUCACGCACAGAAUCGUAGAAUAUAUAGAGAAUAAAGAAGAGAAUCGAAAACGUCGCGUAGUAAAGUUAAAAGUUCCCACACACACCGACGUACUCGCACACACAAACACACACAUACACACGCAGACUGAGUCAAAAGAGUAAGAAGCAGCAGCACAUUAUACGUGGAAUACAAAAAGUAACCGACGGAAAAGGCAAAACGCCUGCAAAAAACGAAAAAUUUGCAAAUAUGAAACGUGUGUGAUAUUCAAAAAGAACAAGAAGGAGCAGGCGGCGGUGAAAAAAAAGCAGAGGAAUUUGUUGUGGUUCCGUGUGAUAUAUAGAAAGCAAGUAAAAACCGACAAAAAUUCCAUUUUAGAUGUGAAGAAUCCCUAGGUGCUAAUUUAGUUGAUAAGCGCAAGCAGCAAGCAGCGAGAGAGAAGUUAGAAAGCGAUAAACAGAAACAGGCAGUACAAUAAGUAAACCGACGCGAGCGCUGGAAAUUCCGACGGGGUGGCAACUUUUCGAAGGCAGUGCUUAAAAGUAUGCUGUAAUAUACUGCCAGCGAUUGCCGACUGAGGCGAACCCAACAGAAUCGGCAUAUAUAUAGAAUAUAUACAGAAUAUAUAUACGCGGAGCAAAGAGAGAGAGAGAGAGAGAGAGAGCGAGAUUAAGAGUCAGGCGGUGAAUCGCCGAGGAAUCACAGAAGAACCGGCACCGAAAUGUCCAAGUUCUUUGUGAAUGUUGCCCCCAUCAACAACAGCAACAGCAGCAGUAGCCACACCACCACCAGCAGCAACAACCAACGACACCAGCAGCACCAACAACACUAUGGCGGGGGCGGGACAACCGGCCACACGAUGGUGGCCCGCAGACUCAACUACGACCUGCACGGCGGCACCACCAGCAUCAACAACAACAAUAACAUUGUGAUCAAGAACGAGGCCCUCGACUUGGACUACGAUCACGGCUUGAGCAGCAGCGACAGCAACAGCAACGGCGGCGUGGCAGCCCACCUGCGGGAUCAUGUCUACAUCAGUCUGGACAAGGGGCACAACACGGGGGCAGUGGCAACAGCAGCGGCGGCAACGACGGGCCACACGCAGCAGCAGCACCACCAUCAAAAUCAGCAGCAACGCAAGGCGAUCGGCAAAUCUAACGAUAUCACAAAUUAUUACAAGGUCAAACGUCGUCCACACGCCGUCAGCGACGAGAUCCACCCGAAGAAACAGGCCAAGCAGAGCGCCCACCAUCAGACGGUGUAUCAGAAGCACACGGCCAGCAGCACGCCCCAGCAGCUCCGGCACAGCCACCAUCAGCUGCACCAUGAUGCGGAUGCCGAGCUGGACGAGGAUGUGGUGGAGCGGGUGGCCAAGCCAGCAUCGCAUCACCCCUUUGCACUGUCGACGCCCCAGCAACAGUUGGCCGCGUCGGUGGCUAGCAGUUCUUCAAGCGGGGAUCGAAAUCGGGCGGACACCUCGCUGGGAAUACUGACCAAAAAGUUUGUGGACCUGCUGCAGGAGUCACCGGAUGGCGUGGUGGAUCUGAACGAGGCCUCCAAUCGGUUGCACGUCCAGAAGCGACGCAUCUACGACAUAACCAAUGUUCUUGAAGGCAUCAAUAUCUUGGAGAAGAAGUCAAAGAACAACAUACAGUGGCGCUGCGGGCAGUCAAUGGUCAGCCAGGAGCGAUCGCGUCGCAUCGAAGCGGAUUCGGUGCGGCUGGAACAACAGGAGAACGAGCUGAACAUGGCCAUCGACCUAAUGCGCGAGAACCUGGCUGAGAUCUCCCAGGAGGUGGAGAACUCCGGCGGCAUGGCCUACGUCACGCAGAACGACCUGCUCAACGUGGAUCUCUUCAAAGAUCAGAUCGUAAUCGUGAUCAAGGCGCCGCCAGAGGCUAAGCUUGUGCUGCCCAACACAAAAUUGCCGCGCGAGAUUUACGUGAAGGCGGAGAACAGCGGGGAGAUCAACGUCUUCCUCUGCCAUGACACCUCGCCGGAAAAUUCGCCGAUUGCGGCGGGCACCGGCUACGUUGGAGCACCCGGAGCAGGAUGCGUCCGAACGGCCACCUCCACUCGACUGCAUCCGUUGACAAACCAGCGACUUAACGAUCCGCUCUUCAACAAUAUCGAUGCCAUGAGUACCAAGGGAUUAGUUCAAACGCCCUACCGCUCGGCUCGCAACCUCAGCAAAUCGAUCGAGGAAGCCGCCAAGCAGUCCCAGCCUGAAUAUAAUAACAUUUGUGAUAUUCCGAUGGCCCAGCAUCAUAAUCUGAACCAGCAGCAGCACCAGCAACAGUUGCUGCAGCAGCAGGAGGAGGACGAUGUGGACGCGGAGCUAAACCAGUUGGUUCCGACACUGACGAAUCCUGUGGUCCGGACCCAUCAGUUCCAGCAGCAUCAGCAGCCCUCCAUCCAGGAGCUGUUCAGCAGCUUAACAGAAUCCUCGCCCCCAACGCCUACCAAGCGGCGGCGGGCGGCAGCAGCCGCAGCAAUUGCCGCAGGCAGCGCAACAACAGCAACCACUACGCUUAAUAGUCAUAGCAACAGCAACCACAGCAAUCAUAGCAACCAUAGCAGCAGCAACAGCAAAUCCCAGCCACACACAAUAGGCUACGGCAGCAGUCAGCGCCGCAGCGAUGUGCCCAUGUAUAAUUGUGCAAUGGAAGACGCAACCACAACAUCUGCAGCGGCAGAUGCGGCAGCUGCCACAUCGCGAUCGGCGGCAGCAAGCUCGCUGCAAAUGCAAUUCGCUGCCGUGGCGGAGAGCAACAACAACAACUGCAGCAGCGGCGGUGACGGCGGCUAUGGCAGCAUCGCUGGCGCUGGCGCCAACGCUGAUCCCCAUCAGUCGUUCAGCCAUGGCCGCAACAGCCUGCCGCCCAGCGUUGCCGACUGCGAUGCCAACAGCAACAGCAGCAAUGUCACACUGCAGGGUCUCGAUGCUCUCUUUAACGACAUUGGCUCGGACUACUUCAGCAACGAUAUUGCCUUUGUGUCCAUCAACCCGCCGGACGACAACGACUAUCCGUAUGCGCUGAACGCGAACGAGGGCAUCGAUCGGCUGUUCGACUUCGGUUCGGAUGCCUAUGGACCCUAAGAGGAGACGUCCACGAAACAAAAUCACACACACAUAUGUCUACAAAAUUGGGAUUCUGGGGGUGUUUAUAAUUUAAAAUUAUACACAAAUGGCAAACAAAAACAAAGCCAGCAAAUUACAAUUUAUUAAAUUAUUUGAUUGCAAAUACCACAAACAACAAAAAAUCCAAAAACAAAACACAAAAAAAGCGAAUCAGCAAAACUUAAUGAAACUAAGUUGUGUGUACAAUUUUAAGCUUAAAAAUAUAUACAUUAAAAUUUAUAACCCAAACUAAUUUAAGAGAAACAAAACGAAAACACAAAAUCUACUUUAUAAAAACUUAGCCUCACGAGAGAAAUGGGGAGAAGUCGUAGCAAGAAGAGCCACAUUUUAUAAGCAAAUUUUAAUUUUAGCCAUUAAACAAAGCAAAAAGAAUCAGGAAUACUAUUUAAACGAUUGGAUAAUACACACAAAAAUGCGAAUACUUCCCACUUAUCAAAGAACUUUUUGGGCUAGAACUGUCUGUAAAUUAGUAGAAAUAACACAACCACACACAUAUAAUUUUAAAUUAAAAAACAAAAUAGUUGUCAAGCCAAUCAACAUUAAACAAACAAAAACAAUAAAAAGAAAAUCAAUUUCAAAUUGUAAAAAAAUAUCGACGACAUUUCAAAUUCAUAUGGAGCAGAAGAAGAGGACACAACUCCUGGGCACCAACAAUGCCUUUGGUUCGCUCCUAAUUCGCCCUUCCUGUUUUAUUGACGCAUGCAACAGAAUCCUCUUCUGACAUUUGUUUCAUUUGCUUGGAUUUAUCGAUUGAUUUUUAAUUAUAAUAUUAUUAAAGCUAUAACUAUGUAUGAUAAUUUGUUAUUGUUAUAAAAUUUAAACUGUAAACACACACAUGGGCCCAAUAGCAGUUUAUUCAUAGAAGCCAAAUCAUCCCACAAAACAAACAACCAACCACUUAACAGAGUCAACUACAAGUACAUAAAUAAUUAUUUAAACUCUCGCCUAGGAGUUAUAUAUUUAACUAAAAUAAUAGCAACAAACAAAUGCAAAUCAUACAAUUGUAUAAAACCAAUAAAUAAACGAAGGAGAACCACAACAAUCCCAAACCAA